AUGAACCCGCUCCAGAGCGCUGUUGUCUCUUCCCUUGGUUUCCCGCGCGUCUCGCGGUCUGCGUCGACCCGCUUUUUCCAUUCCUCUUCCGUCACGCGCGUGAACCUCGAGGCGGUCUGCGGCGUGGCGCGCCUGGCCCCGGAAGCCCGCCGAGCCUGCUGCGAAAUGAGUUGGGGUUGGAGAGCAAGCGACUCGCCGCCUCCGGAGCCCGACCCCCGCCGGGUGAGAAAGGCGCGAGAGGCUGGGCAGCCUCCGCCGUAUCCUCAGUCAGCAGAUGGCGCCUCCGCUCCAGCGUACGUACACCCGCCUGCGUGGCAGGGGCCUACGCGCUCCCACCACGUUCCCUACGCGUCUUCCUACGCUCCCGGAUAUCCCUCGCCGCCUUCGUCCGAGGCGUCUCCGUACUGGGAAGACCAUCAACGCAUGCAGACUGUGCAGCAUGCGCCCGGGAGAGACAGGCGCGACCGCGUCCGGCAGCUCGAGGGCGAGUGUCUAGACAGCCUGCAGUCGUCUCUGCGAGUGGUGGCGGAAACCAAUGAGGUCUCACAGCGCACCGCAGUUCAACUGGAUGCGCAGUCUGAGCAGCUCCGGGGCAUAAAAAACACGACGGAAGACAUUCACGCGGAUCUUCAGACUUCGGACUACUUGCUUAAAGGCAUGAAGACUUGGUGGGGUUCCUUCACGCAGCUGUUCACUUCGCCGCCCGCGCCGCGAUCCGCGGCUGGCGUCUCCAGCGCAGAGAGGAAGGCUGGCACGCGAAAAGGCGAGAACAGACCGGAGAGGGAACGCGAAGAAGCAGCCGCUCAGGAAGAAAGGAGACAGCAGAGACUCGUGCAAGCUCACCGAGCACGCACAAGCGACUUCGACGCUCGACUGGAAGGAGACCUCGAAAAGCUUUCUGUCAUGGUGGGCCCUGUCAACCCAGAGAAGGACGAGCACCAAAACGGGGGAGUCAGAAGUCUCCGCGUUUGCACGGGGACAGCAGGAUGGGGACUGGAAGAGCUCCACGGCCGGGCUGUUCAGAUGAACGGCGCGUUACAGGAGCAGAAUAGCUUGCUCGACGAGAUCAACCAGAACGUCGACGCGAACCAGCAGACUCUGGAGAGACAGCGGCAGACGAUGCAGAAGAUCAUAAAGAAAGGCUAG